CUACCCCACAGAAAGCGCUGGAUCAGCCGAGCGCGUGGCAAACGAACGACGAGGCGCGCGCUUUCUAGGCGUUGGCAUGUGGCCAGCUGGAUCCAGUGAGGUUCAGACCGUUGGUAGACACGAUCGCGAGAGGUGUGACCAUCUGCGCAAGAAGGAACGUUGGUCCACUGUUGGAGGAAAGAUAAUUAGCAAAAAAUGAAAUCCGCCUCUUAGAAGAGACAGAUCGUCCAGUUAAAUUGAGUGGUGAAAAGUUUAUACAUUAAUUGACCUGGAAAGCAGCCCGGGCUAGAGUGUAUAAAGGAAGAGUGCAAACGAAAGUCACACGCAAAACAAACGAGAUUUUAGUGGGUCAUCUUGAGAUGCAAAAUCCCAUCACUUGGGCGCUUAGGUUGGAUCCUGUCGAUUUAGUCUGGCAGUGAGUGUUUAGUGAUUGGGUUGCUCGGGGGGAUCUCUUAUUGACUGGUGUUAGUGAUCGAUUGAAGUUAUCAAAAAUGCGAAGAGUCAAAAAGUUCCGUUUUCUACUGGUGAUUCUGAUAGUGAUUUGUGAAUUGAAGAGCUUCGCAAAUGGAUUUCUCAAUACUUCCAUGAUAGUGCCAGCACUUCAAAUGGUGUUCGGUUUAUCGGGACUGCUAGAAAUGAACUAUGGAGAUCCACUUUUAAAAUCGUCGUAUGACUAUGUGAUUGUCGGGGCAGGUCCUGCGGGUUGUGUGCUGGCUAAUCGGCUUUCGGAAGAUACUCGCAGGACAGUGCUUCUGUUGGAAAUCGGAAAAGGCGAGAUCCCCAUGUUUUCGGAUCCACCUCUGUUGGGACCGCUUUUGGCAUCAACGAACUACAAUUUUGGAUACCAAACAGAAGUGCAGAAAUACGGUUGCCAGGGAUUGCGCAACAAGAGAUGCAGUUGGGCGCAUGGACGAGGCAUUGGAGGAUCUUCGAUCAUAAAUAAUGUGAUCUACACGCGAGGCAGUAAAAAGGAGUACGACAGUUGGGCCAAAGCCGGUAAUACGGGCUGGGGCUGGGAUGAUAUGUUGCCCUAUUUCAAGAAGUUGGAAAAGUCGAACAUUCACGAUUUCGACAGAAACGGAUUCCAUGGUCACACCGGGAGGCUGUCGAUAGAGGAUUGUCCAUUUAGGUCUGAGAUUGCGGAUGCAGUCGUGAAAGGUGCCCAACAGGCAGGCUAUCGCUACUUGGACUACAAUGCGGGGGACUUGAUUGGGGUGUCAUACCUGCAAGCGCAUACACGCAAGGGUCAUCGUGCUACAGCUGGAAAUUCUUAUCUGAAGGACAUAAUUCACCGGCCGAAUCUUCACAUUCUGACUCGGUCGUGGGUCACCAAGGUUCUUAUGGAUACCAGAACCAAACAGGCGACGGGUGUUCGAUUUGUGAAUGGCAAGCGUAGCUACACAGUUUACGCUACUAAAGAGGUGAUUUUGUCGGCUGGGGCAUUCGAGAGUGCAAAGCUGCUGAUGCUGUCAGGUGUAGGUCCGGCAAAGCAUCUACAAAAGCAUGACAUCAAGGUGGUGCAGAACUUGCCAGUUGGCAAACAGGUGACCGAGCAUGGAGGCGUUUUUGGACCAGUGUUCAUAGUUCAUAACGAUCCUGAUGGGCUUCAUAGCUUGGAACAGCUGGCGUCGAUUGGCGAAAUUUCGAAAUUUAGGGAAGGACGAGGACCAAUGACAUCGAAUUCUGUAGAGACCUUGAUGUACAUAAAGUCACCUGUUGCCGAGGAUCCCGAUCCCGAGUUGCCGGACGUGGAGAUCAUGCAGGCUUUCAUAACGUUUGGUUUCGAUUCAUCUCCGUCUACCAAAUUUGCAUACCAGCUGAGCGAUGAGGUGGACGAAGCAUAUUUCAGGCCACUUAACAAUAUGAGGGCGUUCAUGUACCUGCCAAUGCUGCUGAGAGCCCGUGCCAAGGGAAAACUUCGUUUGAAAUCAACGAAUCCUUUCCACCAUCCGGACUUCAAAUAUCAGUAUUUCGAGGACGAGCGAGACGUUGAUGCGUUAGUGUAUGGCAUUUUGCAUGCAAUAAACGUGACUUCACAGCCCGCCUUCAAACACUUGGGUGUGGAAUUGUAUGCGAAGAAGGUUCCAGGGUGUGUACAUUUGAAAUUCAACACGUGGGACUACUGGCGGUGUCAUGUGCGAACCUUAACCGCUACCUUCCAACAUCAGGUGGCUACGUGCAAAAUGGGACCUGCCAGUGAUCCAGAGGCUGUGGUGGAUCAUCGUCUGAGGGUACACGGCAUUAAAAGGCUUCGGGUGGCUGAUGUGGGAAUUAUUCCCACUUCGCCUACUGGCCAUACUAGCGCGCACAGUUUUGUGAUAGGUGAGAAGGCAGCCGACAUGAUAAAGGAGGACAAUGGGGAUUAUGGGCAUAAGUCGUUGUAGGCUUAGUGUUCGAGUAGGUUUAGAAGUAACUAGCGUAGCGGCCAUCGAAGACAGUAAACAUAACUGCCAAAAGAAGGAAUGUUUUAUUGCUAAGUCUUCUUGUGAAAUAGCCCAUGAAAUGAGUGACAUUGGCCGAAGGCAAGCGAUGGCGAAUGUAUAACGAGUGUGUGUACCCCUCAUU